AUGAUGGGAACAGAGUGCAUAACCGCCUCGCUCGGCGACGAUCCUGAACCCUCAGUCCCACCUGGGUUUGGACCGCCACCUGGAUUUGGGCCGUUUGCUGCGUAUGCAUUGCAAGGAACCCAGAAGGACGCCAAACCUGCUGAUGCUCAUCCUAGUCCUGCUCAAGUGUUUCAGAAUGAGAAGAAACAUGCUGAAUCCCUGGAAGGCCAGCCCCAUUCAGCUCAGAGCCGGAACGACACACACUGCAGUACUUCCGGGAGCCAUACGUGUAGGCAGUCGCUGCGGAACAGGCCUCCGGUAGACUACAGCCGCUUUGACAGUAUGUCAGACGAAGAUUCCGAUGUCGAAGUAGUAGAAAAGGCGGCUACAAGUUUAGUGAGACGCAGACAGCAGUUACCCAAAGGAGUUUUUCGAGGAUGUGCGGCAUGCAGUGACUGUCAAAAGGUUGUUGCAAGUUGGAAUCCAGAUGGUGCACGGAGACCUGUUCUUGAUGAGGCUCCUGUCUUUCAUCCUACUGAGGAGGAAUUCAAAGACACCCUUAAAUAUAUUGAGAGCAUACGGCCAACAGCAGAACCAUAUGGGAUUUGCCGUAUUGUUCCACCACCUUCGUGGAAGCCGCCGUGCCUUCUUAAAGAGAAGAGUACGUGGGAAAACUCAACAUUCUCUACACGGGUACAAAAGGUUGACAAGCUUCAAAACCGUACAUCAUCCAAAAAGAGCACAAGAGGUGGAAUGAUGAAGAAGCGGAGAAAGCUUUCAGAGCCAGAAGAAAACAGUAAGAGAUUUGGAUUUGAACCUGGACCAGAGCUCACAUUGCAGAAAUUUCAGAAGUAUGCAGAUUACUUCAGCGAGCAGUAUUUCAAGAAAGAUGCAUCUAUGAAUUCACCACCAUCAGUGGAAGAUAUUGAAGGCGAGUAUUGGCGUAUAGUUGAAAGUCCCACAGAAGAGAUAGAGGUGAUCUAUGGCGCUGAUUUGGAGACAGGGUCUUUUGGCAGCGGCUUUCCAAAGUUACCUCCUGAGACAAAAUCAGAUGUUGAGGAUAAGUAUGCACAAUCUGGUUGGAAUCUAAACAACUUGCCUCGACUACAAGGCUCAGUUCUUUCUUUUGAGGGUGGUGACAUUUCUGGUGUUCUGGUGCCUUGGGUGUAUGUUGGCAUGUGUUUCUCAUCAUUCUGCUGGCAUGUCGAAGAUCAUCAUUUAUACUCGCUAAACUACUUGCAUUGGGGUGCCCCAAAGAUGUGGUAUGGAGUUCCAGGAAAGGAUGCUGUGAAUCUGGAGUCUGCAAUGAGGAAGCAUCUACCUGACUUGUUUGAGGAGCAACCUGAUUUGCUUCACAACCUGGUUACUCAAUUUUCACCAUCACUGCUAAAAUCUGAAGGAGUUCAAGCAUAUCGUUGUGUUCAGCGUGAGGGCGAAUUUGUCCUGACAUUCCCGCGAGCGUACCAUGCUGGGUUCAAUUGUGGCUUCAAUUGUGCAGAAGCUGUUAAUGUGGCACCUAUUGAUUGGUUGCCAGUUGGACAGAAUGCUGUAGAGCUUUAUCGUGAACAAUCUCGGAAAAUAACUGUUUCCCAUGAUAAGCUGUUAUUGGGGGCUGCAAGAGAAGCAAUCAGAGCUCAGUGGGAUAUCCUAUUCCUCAAGAGGAAUACUGCUGAUAAUUUGAGAUGGAAAAGUGCAUGUGGACCUGAUAGCACUAUAUGCAAAUCACUUAAGGCACGAAUCGAGACGGAGUUGGCACAAAGGCAAAAUCUAUGUUCCCCAUCUCAAUCUAGGAAAAUGGAUGCCGAGUUUGAUUCCACUGAUAGGGAGUGUGCUUUUUGCUACUAUGAUUUGCAUCUUUCUGCUGCUGGCUGUCCAUGCUGCCCAGAGAAAUAUGCUUGCCUGUUACACGCAAAGCAACUUUGCUCAUGUGACUGGGACAAAAGAUUCUUCCUAUUCCGCUAUGAUGUCAAUGAGCUUAAUAUCUUGGCUGAUGCUUUGGGGGGCAAGUUGAGUGCUGUUCAUAGAUGGGGUGUCUCUGAUCUUGGCUUAAGUUUGAGUUCAUGUGUCAAAAGAGAAAAGGCCCAGGAUUCCAAGAUUGUUCGCAGAUUAACUGAUGGCCCAAGAAGGUCCUACAUGUCACAGGCGUCAACUGUAUCCUUGGUACCUUCCCUUGUUUGCAACGAACAGAAAGAUAAAGGAAAUAAGAUGCCGGGCUUAGCUAGUCCAGAGGCUAACAAUGCCUGCCCUUCUGUAGAGCAGAUGAAAUUGGGAAAUGUUUCACCAUCAAAGCAGCCGUCUGUGAAGGAUGAGGAAUCCUGCCCAACAAACAAUGACACCAACAGAUUGCAAUAUAAUGGAGGAGGGCUUGGAGACCAGAAAAGCUCUGCACCCGUCUUACCAGUUUCUUCCAGCCAAUCAUUUUCUUCGAAUGUUGUGACAAGACCCUUCAAUACUUCAAGUGAAUCCACGAAAAGUGUGCAUGGCUUGGCAGUACUGAAGGCGAGUAGAGAAUCUUCUUUGCAAGCUGGAGAAUAUAGAUCAUCACUUGUUGAUCAUCAUAACAGGUCACCUACUAUGAUUCAUGACGGAGCCAACAUAAAGGCCAGUUUAGAUAGCUCAAACACCUCUCACAGAUUGAUUGCAUCAAACUCCAAUGCAACUCUCUGUCACUCGGACAAGGAUCAUGCACUUAUAACACCAGAGACUAAUGCCACAAUAAUGCUUGAGAAAGGCAACAGCCAGGUCCGUAGUGUGUUGAGUCAGCAGUUUGACCAAAUUGUUUCACGGACACAAAGUGUGUCACAGGAAGCAUCAAGCAGUGUCUUUGUUCCCAUAGACCCUUCUAGUGUUAAAAAUUCACACGGAAGUUUUCCUUCUGCCAGUGCCCAUCAUGGAAAUUUAACUUUCAAUCAGCAACCAAACAAUGGAUGGUUUCAAAGAAAACCUGAAUCUCAAUCUGCUGUAGAGGUUAGAGCCAGGGGGCAUCCAUCUGUCGCAGCACAACAUGCCCAUCCAUCUAUCGCACCACAACAUGCCCAUCCAUCUGUCUCACCACAACAUGCCCAUCCAUCUGUUGCACCACAACAUGCCCAUCCAUCUGCCGUAGCACAACAUGCCCAUCCACCCGCCAUAGCACACCCUGCUCUGGAAAUGCAUAACAGGAAUGGAGGUCCACAGAGGGGUCCUCGCAUAGCAAAUGUCGUGCAUCGAUUCAAAUGCUCUGUUGAACCUCUGGAAAUUGGUACUGUGUUAUCAGGGAGAAUGUGGUCUUCAGGCCAAGCAAUCUUCCCCAAAGGUUCGUUGGCUAAUAGUUUGAUACUUCUUUCAGUUUUGGCCGAUACUGGAGGAUUUCUAUUAUUAUUCUUGAAUAUACUACUGCCUUUACCCAUUAAUGUUAUGGAUUAUCCAUAUUAUUUCUUCGUAUAUGAUUUCUUUCUUAGGCAGUUUCAUCUGUUUUGGUGCUUUUUGUUAACAUGCCAUCUCUUUGUAAAUGCAGGAUUUAGGAGCAGAGUAAAAUACUGGAGCAUCGUGGAUCCAAUUCAAAUGGCAUACUACUUUUCCGAAAUAUUAGACGCUGGGUUGCAAGGACCUCUAUUUAUGGUUACUGUAGAGAACUGCCCAGGUGAAGUUUUCAUUAAUGAGUCGCCUACCAAGUGCUGGAACAUGGUCAGAGAGAGGCUGAACAUGGAAAUACGGAGGCAACUCAGUAUGGGAAGGCCUAACGUUCCUACUCUGCAGCCUCCAGGAUCUAUCGAUGGUCUUGAAAUGUUUGGGCUCUUAUCACCAGAAAUAGUUCGGGCAAUUGAGGCCCGGGAUAGAGAUCACAUCUGUACAGAGUACUGGAGAUACAGGCCUCAUGCUGCCACUGGUAAUCAACAUACCCUACCUCAGAAUCCACCAAGUAUUGUCCUGAGGGGGCUCUUCCAGAGAGCUAGCCCGGAUGAACUGCGAGCCCUACGAAGUUUACUGGCAAGCAAUACCAAUCUGGAUGAUAGGUCCAGGCAGCAGGCCACCCAUAUGCUUGAUGAGGAGAUUGCGAAGCAAUGGCGCUGA